AUGAAUAACAGCAGCAGCAUCUGUAACGGUGCAUUUCAGACAGCCCUGUUAUCUCCUGUCUACAGUGUGGAGAUGUGUGUGGCACUGCUGGGAAACAUAAUGGCACUGUGGCUUCUUGUGACUAAGGAGAGGAGGAACUGGCACAUGGGGGUGGUGUUCUCCUGCAACCUGGUCAUCAGUGACAUCUUUUACGCCCUCAGUCUUCCACUUCAGAUCGACUACUAUUCAAGAGGACGGAUUUGGAAAUUUGGUAAUUUUGUCUGCAAAAUAGAGAACUUUCUCUUUCGCUGUAACCUCUAUGCCAGCAUUUACUUCAUCAUGUGCAUUAGUGUUCAUCGAUACCUGUCUAUCGUUCAUCCCUUCUUCACACGCAACCACAUUUUCCCAAAACAUGCCAAGAUCAUCAGCGUGUUUGUCUGGAUCUUUGUGACAAGCAUUUCAUCUCCAAUACUCUUCUAUUCAAUUGUCAAGGAUGACAAAUGUUACUUUUUUUCAAAUCAACACAAUAAAUUGAUAUUGUAUAUCUACAUGAUGUUUAUGGCUGUUAUAGGCUGCUUUGUCCCAUUUGUUGUUACUUUUGCAUCCUAUGUUGGUGUAAUAAGUGCUGUUUUUAAAAAUGCAAAAAUUACCACAUUGCAGAAGAGAAAAGUGGCUCUAAUUGUGGGUUCUGGCUGCGUGCUGUAUGCUGUGUUCUUUGUCCCCUAUCACAUUCUACAGAUAUGGAUAGCUAGCUUGCCAAAAGGAGAUACGUCUAAAUGUAACAAGUUUUUUGCUUACCAAGUGUCAAAGACAUUAGCUUAUCUGAACAUGUGCCUCCAUCCCAUCCUGUAUAUGGCAGUGUUUGACAGUAUCAGGGCAAUGUGCUGUAAAAAGGUAUCACAAUCCCAGGUGGAGAACUCAAAUCAAACAACAAAUACCAUUGCACUGAUAUCCAGAGACUGAAUUUAUAUAUAUAAUUCCAUUGAUAAAGCCAGUAAUGUGAUGCUCUC